AUGACUGUGCAAGUACACCAGGUCGGGGUUUACUCCAGACAAGAGGCUGAGGCCCGCGAUGCGCAGGAUCCUCUACGUUCAUUCCGUGAAGAGUUCAUCAUUCCAUCGCGGAAUGACCUUCAGCGAAAGACGCUGGCUGUCGAGGCAGAUCAAGACACCUCAGAACCAAGCAUCUACCUCUGCGGCAACUCUUUAGGCCUCCAACCCCGCAGCACCCAAAAGUACAUCGAAUACUACCUCCGAACAUGGGCAACCAAAGGCGUAACCGGACAUUUCACCCCCCACGAGGACCAAUUCCUCCCUCCAUUUGUCGAUGUCGAUGAGGCUGGAUCGAGGCUUAUGGCGCCUGUUGUUGGUGCGUUGCAGAGUGAGGUUGCUGUUAUGGGUUCGUUGACGGCGAAUAUCCAUGUGUUGCUGGGGAGCUUUUAUCGGCCGACGGAGGGGAGGUUUAAGAUUAUUAUGGAGGGGAAGGCGUUUCCGAGUGAUCAUUAUGCCGUCGAGUCUCAGAUUCAGCUUCACGGUUUCAAUCCGGAUGACGCCAUGGUAUUGAUCGAGCCGGAGAACCACGAGUUCCCGACUCUGAGCACCGAGCAGAUCCUGCGAGUCAUUGAUGAACACGCCUCGAGCACUGCCUUACUCUUCCUCUCCGCAAUCCAAUUCUAUACCGGGCAGUAUUUCAAGAUUGAGAAGAUUACGGCCUAUGCUCGUUCGAAAGGUAUAUUGGUUGGCUGGGAUUGCGCUCAUGCAGCUGGUAAUGUCGACUUGCGAUUGCACGAUUGGGGCGUCGACUUUGCGACAUGGUGCAACUACAAAUAUCUGAACAGUGGACCGGGAGGGAUGGCUGCUAUCUUUGUUCAUGAAAAACAUGGACAGGUGGAUGCUGAGAAGGGAUUCCGGCAAAGGCUUGCUGGAUGGUGGGGAGAUGAUAAGGGCAGACGGUUUCUCAUGGAGAAUAAAUUCGUGCCGCAAUCAGGUGCAGCUGGCUACCAGCUGUCCAACCCAUCCGUCCUUGACAUGAAUGCAGUUGUCGCAUCCUUGGAGCUCUUCAACCGAACCACAAUGGCCGAUAUCCGUAAAAGAUCAUUGGCGCUGACUGGAUACUUGGAACAUCUACUACUGACCUACCCCGUCGACUCGUCUGAGAGGCCUUUUACCAUUAUCACACCGUCGAAUCCAGCAGAACGUGGUGCUCAGCUGAGUCUACGUUUAGAGCCAGGUCUCCUCGACAGCGUUCUGGAGUCGUUAGAGGAACAUGCCAUCGUGGUUGAUGAGAGGAAGCCUGAUGUCAUCCGUGUUGCACCGGCUCCUCUGUACAAUACGUAUGUGGACGUUUGGGAGUUUUGCCAAGUCUUUUUGAAUGCGUGUGUGAAGGCCAAGGCAUAG